AUGGAAGGAAUGCACACAAAUCAAUUUCUUGGCGGUGCGGGUGUUGCCAUUGUGGCGUCCAACGGGAAUCUUGUGUACCCUGUGCAGGUUACGAACAAAAGGAAGCAAGUUUUUUCCAAGAUCUUCUACUCGGAAGACGAGGGCAAGACGUGGAAGUUUGGGAAGGGCAGGAGCGAUUUUGGCUGCUCUGAACCUGUGGCCCUUGAGUGGGAGGGGAAGCUCAUCAUAAACACCCGAGUUGACUGGGCACGCCGUCUGGUGUACGAGUCCGGUGACAUGGGGAAUACGUGGGUGGAGGCUGUCGGCACGCUCUCGCGUGUGUGGGGCCCCUCACCAAAAUCGGACCAGCCCGGCAGUCAGAGCAGCUUCACUGCCGUGACCAUCGAAGGAAUGCGUGUGAUGCUCUUCACACACCCGCUGAAUUUUAAGGGAAGGUGGCUGCACGACCGACUGAACCUCUGGCUGACGGAUAACCAGCGCCUGGAACAGCCGCGUAUCGCUGGGGCGUGGUUGUGA